CUGAAACACUAUAAUUUAAUGGAGUCUAAGAUCAAGAUUGUCACCCCAGGUGAUACUAUUGGUAGCACUGGGAAAGAACAUGAAUUAGGAGCCAACCAAGAUUCAAUCAGUGGUCCUGGAACUUAUACUGAAGACGGAAUUAUUUACUCAAGUCUUGCAGGAAUUGUCUCAAAAAUUGGAAAAUUAAUCAUGGUAAAGCCACUGAAAAAGAAGUAUGCACCCCUAACUGGAGAUAUUGUUGUUGGAAGGGUUGUCAGCGUGGAGCAUAAUCGGUGGAAAGUUGAUAUAAAUUCAUACCAACAUGCUAACCUCUUGCUCACUGCUAUCAAUCUCCCAGGAGGUGAGCAAAGAAGGAGAUCAGAUGAAGAUAAAAGCAUCAUGAGAGAAUACUUUAAGGAGAAUGAUAUCAUUAGUGCUGAAGUUCAGUCUCUUAAUAGUCAUGAUAGUUCAAUUUUCCUUCAGACAAGGAACAUGAAAUAUGGUAAAAUUAAGAAUGGAUUCUAUCUGAAAGUGAACCAUAACUUGAUUAAAAGGAUGAAAAAUCACUAUCUGAAUGUUUCUGUCAAGAAUGUCUCUGUGAUUUUAGGUAAUAAUGGCUAUAUUUGGAUUUACUAUAACCCAGCAGCUUCAAAGAAAGUAGCAGAGGUGGAUAUGAUCGAUGCUCUCAUGAGAGGAGAACAUCAUGAACUUAACCUUCAAGAAGCAGUAGAAAUCCCAAAAGAGGUCGCAAUUGGGCUCUCCAAAGUCAGGAACUGCAUAGUUGUUCUUGAUAGGCUAAAUUUACCAAUAUUUGAGUAUUCCAUCAACAAAUCAUUGGAACUUACUGAAGAAGUUGAGGCCCCAUUUGAUAUCCUGGUCAAUAAGGAAAUAAUCAAUUCUAUUGAAGAUGCUAUUAAGGAUUACAUCAAUGAAAAUUACCUGAAUAAUUUUUCAAGCCUAAAGGACGAAGGAAUCAUGGAAGUAGAUAAUGACUUCAAUUAACUAAUUCCUCAUGAGUAACUAUAU